ACAUUUUGUUGGGUAAUGGUGAUAGUCCUCCAAAUUGGGUUUAUGCUUGGCAUCCACAAAGACCAGCGAUACUUCAAGACACCAUCAUAUUCCACACUGAUAGUUUUAGCUGUACAAGUCCUCAUGACCAUACUUCUCAUCGCCAGCACUACAAGCCUGGCUAUGCCCGCCGUCGAAUGGUAUAAAGUUCACAAAGAUCACCUAGAUCGAUACGGUAGAAGCAUGUCUACUGACGGCGUGAACGUUGCAAUGCUCUUUUGCGCCUUGGUGGGUGGUGCCUUGACCUGUUUGACUUUCCUGGAAGACAUCCCACAACUGACAAAGAUUUACAGAUCACAAAGAGCAAAGGAAAUUGCUGCGGCUAAUACCCAAUAGCCUCUUUACUGACCUUCAACCGCAGUAGCCUGGAUCAGCGACAACGCAGCCCGUUUACAAAACUUUUUAGAAGACAGCUUUGUUUGAAAGCGCGUCCUCAGCUUUGAUUGAUUUUUGUUGGUUAGCUGCAAAAAAAAAAGAUGUUAUAGAGAGCUGCCGUAUUGAAACGAUCCUGUAUUGACUUAGUUCGUUUGUACUUGUCCUUUAUUCAUAUUCGACAUUUAUCAUGGUUAACCUUUUUCCGUAGCUAGAUUUUUUAACUUAAGUAUGCGGCAUUUAUCACCCCGAAGAAGCGAUAUCCGUAAGAGAUCUACGAUCGUCACAUAGAAUACUAUGUUUUUUUAUAUAUCGUUUACUGACCCCUAGUUGAAAUAAAACUUGGAGUAUAAAUUUGAA